GAGUCACUAACAGAAACCUUUUCUGUGCUUCUUUCCUUCUACCUGAAAGCUAAGUCUCUACUGGGAGCCAGAAAUUCUGAUGAGAAUUCCCCGCUGCGACCCCGGAAGGGGUCGUCAUUGGCCACAUUUUCUAGUGGUCUUCACAUUUAUACUUGUAUCUAGCAAUGUAGCCUCAGUUUCCGGUGAUCCGUACAUAUACAGCUCACCCCCACCACCCCCUUAUGUAUACAGAUCACCACCACCACCAUCUCCAUCGCCCCCACCUCCAUAUGAAUACAAAUCACCACCAUCUCCUUCACCAUCGCCUUCACCACCAUAUAUUUACAACUCACCCCCACCACCUCCAUAUGUGUACAAGUCACCACCACCGUCCCCUUCACCGCCGCCACCCUAUGUUUACAAGUCACCACCACCACCCUAUGAGUACAAAUCACCACCACCGCCGCCACCCUAUGUGUACAAGUUACCCCCACCACCUUCUCCAUCUCCGCCACCUCCAUAUGUCUACAAGUCACCACCACCUCCUACACAUUCACCUCCACCACCCUACGAGUACAAAUCACCACCACCUCCGUCACCUUCACCUCCGCCACCCUAUGUGUACAAGUCAACCCCACCACCUUCUCCAUCUGCACCACCUCCAUAUGUCUACAAGUCACCACCACCUCCUACCCAUUCACCACCACCACCCUAUGAGUACAAAUCACCACCACCGCCGUCAUAUUCACCGCCCCCACCGUAUGUGUACAAGUCACCCCCACCACCUUCUCCAUCUCCACCACCUCCAUAUGUGUACAAGUCACCACCACCACCACCACCUUCCCCAUCACCUCCGCCACCGCCAUCGGCUCCAGUUGUUAAAGUUGUCGGGAAAGUCUACUGCUACAGAUGUUACAACUGGGAGCACCCAUCAAAGUCUCACGAGAAGAAACAUCUCAUUGGUGCUCUUGUGAAGGUGACAUGCAAAGUUGGUGGGAAGAACAUCACAGCGUAUGGGAAGACUAAGAUCAACGGGAAAUACAGCAUCACAAUCCCAUCUGGUUUUGAUUAUGAGAAAUAUGGAGCCGAGGCAUGCAAGGCCAGGCUCUACAAGGGCCCAAAGAAUUCUUCCUGCAAAUUUCCUACUAAACUGAACAAUGGCACCACAGGGGCCAAACUCGAGCUGAAGUCCAACACUCACUAUGAGGUUGUGCUUGAGGCCAAGCCCUUUGCUUAUGCUCCCAGAAUUCCCUACAAGGAAUGCCACAAGCCUCAUCAUUCUCCUUCCUUCUACAAGUCACCACCACCUACACCACCACCUACACCAACAUAUGUUUACAAAUCCCCACCUCCACCAUCACCAUAUCCUCCCUCACCUUACUAUUACAAAUCACCACCUCCACCACCAAAAUCACCAAGUCCAUACUACUCUAAGUCACCCCCACCACAUUCCCCAUUUACUUCACCUCCAUACUACUACAAAUCACCACCACCACCCUCAUCAUCACCACCACCAACAUAUUACUACAAGUCACCACCACCACCAUCCCCAUCUCCUCCCCCACCAUACUAUUACAAAUCCCCACCACCACCCUUGAAGUCUCCUCCAACACCUUACUACUACAAAUCACCACCACCGCCAUCUCCAACCCCUCCUCCACCUUACUUCUACAAAUCCCCACCUCCACCAUCUUCAUCUCCUCCCCCACCUUACUAUUACAAAUCCCCACCACCACCCUUAAAAUCUCCACCAUCACCAUCACCAUUUACCCCACCUCCAUAUAACUACAAGUCACCGCCACCACCAUCUCCAUCUCCUCCCCCACCAUACUAUUACAAAUCCCCACCACCACCCUUGAAAUCUCCACCACUGCCAUAUCCAGUCCCUCCUCCACCCUACUACUACAAAUCCUCACCGCCACCAUCACCAUCUCCCCCACAUCCAUACUACUACAAGUCACCGCCACCACUAUCCCCAUCUCCUCCCCCACCAUACUAUUACAAAUCUCCACCACCACCAUCUCCAGUCCCACCUCCACCCUACUACUACAAAUCCCCACCACCACCAUCACCAUCUCCCUCACCUCCAUACUACUACAAGUCACCACCACCACCAUCCCCAUCUCUUCCCCCACCAUACUAUUACAAAUCCCCACCACCACCCUUGAAAUCUCCACCGCCACCUUACUAUUACAAAUCACCACCAUUGCCAUCUCCAACCCCUCCUCCAGCCUACUACCACAAAUCCCCACUACCACCGCCACCGCCACCAUCACAAUCUCCCCCACCUCCAUACUACUACAAGUCACCACCUCCACCAUCUCCAUCUCCUCCCCCACCAUACUAUUAUAAAUCCCCACCACCACCUUUGAAGGCCCCACCACCACCAUCUCCAAUCCCUCCUCCACCCUACUUCUACAAAUCCCCACCGCCACCAUCACCAUCUCCUCCACCUCCAUACUACUACAAAUCAUCGCCACCACCCUCUCCAUCUCCUCCCCCACCAUACUAUUACAAAUCCCCACCACCACCCUUGAAGUUUCCACUACCACCGUACUAUUACAAAUCACCACCACCGCCAUCUCCAACCCCUCCUCCACCCUACUACUAUAGAUCCCCACCACCAACAUCACCAUCUCCCCCACCUCCAUACUACUACAAGUCACCGCCUCCACCAUCUCCAUCUCCUCCCCCACCAUACUAUUACAAAUCCCCACCACCACCAUCUCUAACCCCUCAACCCUACUACUACAAGUCCCCGCCACCACCAUCAUCGUCUCCCCCACCUCCAUACUAUUACAAGUCCCCGCCACCACCCUCACUAUCUCCCCCACCCCCAUACUAUUAUAAAUCUCCCCCACCACCCUCACCAUCUCCGCCUCCACCCUACUACUGCAAGUCUCCACCUCCACCAUCACCCCUUCCCCCUCUUCCAUACUACUAUAAGUCUCCACCACCACCCUCACCAUCUCCCCCACCCCCUUACUACUACAAGUCUCCUCCCCCUCCAUCACCCUCACCACCAGCUCCCUAUUUCUACAAGUCCCCACCCCCACCAUCACUAUCUCCUCCUCCACCCUACUACUACAAGUCCCCACCCCCACCAUCACCUUCUCCACCUCCUCCUUCACAGUCUUCUCCCCCACCUUACUACUACAAUUCACCUCCACCACCUCCCACAUACCUCUACACUUCCCCACCACCUCCAAUAUACUCUUAAGGAUAACUCCUUCGUCACUUCAACAAUGACUUAGUUUGGUCACAAAAAUAACGGAAAGCUCCACAAUUAAGUUUUUCAUGCCUCAAGCUUGGGUUGGAAGUGGAUUGAAUAAGUGUCUGAAGAGCAAAAGAGAGGGUUACCUAU